UAUAAAAGGGCGGUGGAAUCGGUGGUUGGAGCUGCAGCACUCAAUAGACUCUCAGCCUCGUCACACUCUCUCCUCUGCCCUCCUCUGCCAUGGCGUUCAACGGCAAGUGGAAGCUGAUCUCAACCGAUAACUACGAUGAAUUCAUGAAAAUCUGCAAAUUCCCCGACGACGUCAUCGCCAAGGGCCGAGACGCCGUCACGGAGACGACCAUCGAGCAGACCGGAGAUAAGUUCGUCGUGAAGGCGGUCACCAACGGCAAGGAGGUGGUGAACAGCUUCACGCUGGGCCAGGAGACCAGCCUCACUGGGACCCUCGGCACCAGUGCCAAGUGCAUAGCCGUGCUCGAGGGAGGCAAGCUGAUCUACAAGGUGGACAAGCUGACGCACACCCAGGAGGUGAAGGGCGAUGAGCUCAUCGAGAACGUGACGGCUGGAAAUGUGACAAUGAUCAGAAAGCACAAGCGCGUCGCAUAGACGCAACACUCCAUCCUGUGUGCACGAGUCAAGAGCUCCCGAAGCCACGUCCAUGUCACACAUUUUGUCCACGAGUUUGUUUUAAACGAAAAAAAUCGGUAAUGGUGACAUUUCAUCCACAAUCACGUUACAGCUCUACGCACAUUACAAAGCUUGUUUGUUUUUCUAUGGGUGGCUUUUGUCUGUUUAAAUUGAAAGUUGCGAAAUAAAGGUUUAUAAUUCCAA